UAAUUACAAACAUAACAAAACUAAUAUGAAUCCUCAUUAGACCAGCCCUGGACUGUCAGUUUCACUUACAGAACGUCACCAUAUAUAUGUACAUGUAUACACUGUAUGUAAAACUUUUCUCAUUAACAUUCAAAGUGUAGAUAAUUACAUACCAUUGGUACAUACAUACAGGACACACAUACAAAUUAUGUAUCCACUAAGCAAAACUCAAUUAAAUAUUGUUGAAUCCGAUACUUUUUUUCAGUUUUUGCUGAAUUAACUUCAAAAAUGAAUUCAUCAUCAAUUUCGUUCUGGUUGCAUAGAUUACAGAUUUUAAUACAAGAGUUUUUUUAGGGCCUUUGUUCCAUCUUCCAUAUGUUUGUUUGGUCUUACAUAGAUAUUGCCAUUAUAUGAGUUAUCCAUGGAAGUAGAUAUUUCUUCACGUUGUGGGUACACAACUGUAUCUCUGAUAACUAUAUGUACACCCCAUAAUAUAUAUUGAUUUUAAAAAUAAUGGCAUGUAUGAAAUAUUGUUUUCAGCAUUGCUCAAAUCCAGAAAUCCACUGACCAAGUAAGGAAGCAGUAUUCUAAUAUUAAGCAGAGAGCCAAAGAGACAGUGGACCACAUGAGAAAGACUGGCGGUGGUCCUAAAACAGAGGCCACUGCAAGUCAGUCACUGCUUCUGGAAAACAUUGGCUCAAGACCGGAAGUGGUGGGCCUUCCUGUCAACUUUGACACUGAAGAUUCCAAUUAUAACUUUCAACUGUCUGAAAUGGACCAGGAUCCAGAGGAAACCUGUGUCUUAUCUGUGGUUUCUGAUGACACAUCUGGACCUUCUACUUUCAGCAGCAAAAUGAAUAACCAACAUGGGAUUAAAAGGAAGAACCUGGCUCAGGGUUUCAGGGACCUAGAAACGGAAAACAUCAAGCUUGAGAACGUCAGAGUGAAAGAGGAAACAAAGAAAAUAUUGUUAGAACAAGAAAAACUGAAGCUUGAAAUAGAGGUACUGAAAUUAAAAAGGAAUUACUACUCUUCCGAAGCAAGUCAGCUAUGUGGUCCAACAUUACUUUAUGAAUCCUAAAUUAUAAUUCAUUUUUGUUUUCAUUAAUUCAUAACUUCAUUUAAAAUUACAUAUCAGUAGGAUAAAUAUAUGGCUAAUUAUGUAUUGAAUUGAU